AUGCUUGCUAAUUUUAACAAAGACAAAAAGGAUAAUGACUUUAAAGUCGGUGAUAUGGUAUACGUUAAAGAGAAAAGACCUUCUAAGAAAUGGAACAAGUUAGCUCCAAUUUAUGCAGGUCCGUAUGAAAUAAUUAACGUUGACAAAUAUAAUAAUAUUACUAUUAAAGAUUAUGUAUCUGGUGUAACAAGAAUUAGUACUAAAUCUAAGAUUUUAAAUUCUAAAUACUUUAAGCACGCUGAAAUAGAAGAUUUAGAAAAUUCAGUUGUUAACAAAGAUACUUCCGUUCUAGACAAGACAGAUAGUUUUGUCUCAGAUAAUGAUGACGACGUGAUGUCAGUCAACGAUAGUGACGAAGAUACCAAUCACUCAGUAGAAGACGGUAUGGAUUUAGUCGAAACUAGUCAAAACAAUCACAGUGAAGUGAAGCAGAAUAUGACUACCGACGAAACAGUCGAGACUGAAAUAGAUUCGUCUCUCAUGCCUACCGGUGUCGUUUCAGAUUUUAUGAAAUCAGAUGUAAUCAAAAGCAAGAACACUCAUGAAGAAGUAUUACAUGUUUUAGAAAGCAACAAGGAUUUAAAUCUCAAAUACAUUAAAUUGUUAAGAGAGUUAAUAGAAAACGAGAAAGAUUUAGAUCAGAGAAAUAAAGUAUCUGAUAAGUCGAAUCUCCUCGUCCGUUCGCUGAUGAAAUCUAAAUUACAUCCAUCUAUUUUCAAAAUCAUGCAGAAGAGAAGUUUUGUGAUUUCAGCGAAAAGAAGUAUUCCUUUUGUUGAGUACUUAGUUAAGAUCAGUCAUACUGUUGGUUGGGUUCCAUCCUCCGAAAUGAUUGGUGCCACCAAAGAAGUCUCUAGUUUCAAUUCGAUUGUUGGAAAGUUGAACGCUGCCGUAACAAAGCCUGUCCAAAUUAAUAUGUUACGUGCUAGAAGAUCGAACGUCUACAGUUCCUUAAAGUCAUGUUACAACAAAGCUCAAAUCAAUCGUCUACACUUCAAGUUACACCGAAUCCAAUCCCAGCUAGAGUCUGUUUUACAAAUAAAUGCCAGAUCCAACCGAUCAACAACAACAACAACCACAACAACUAGUAGUGCAACAGCACCUACUGAUACAACAACCACAACAAAUGAUCUUACGAUGAAUGAUCUCGAGAACAAUAAUGAUAAUGAUUCAAUCCCAUCAACCUCUAUGUUAUUCCCGGAUGUUACUCCCAACAACACUCGUCCAGACCCGCUCCCAUCCGAUUUAUUCAAAUCUACUCUGGCUGCCUCCAAAUUACCGAUCUCCUCUGUUGUCGCUCCAAGCCAGUCGGAUAACUAA